UGACUAUAAGUAAAUAUAAUAAAAUUCUCUAAAAUAAAAUAUAUUUUUAAAACAUAAGAUAAUUCAUAAAUAUGUUGUGUUUUUAUUUGAAAUAAUAUUUUUAUUAUAAAAUAUGAAAUAUAAAGUUUAAUGUUUGAUUUAUAUUUUUAAAAAUAUAAUUAAUAAUUUAUUGUGUUGGUUUUGAUUUAAUAUUUAUAAAAAAUAUCUAUAAAAACACUAUGCUCGCAUGUGCGGGCAGAACACCUAGUUAUAAGUAUAAGUAAUGAUUUUUUUUAUUUUUAAAAUUUACAAAAUUAAAAAAAAAAUUAAUGUAUGUGCACAAAUCUAAAAGUACAGUCAAAAUUAAAGGUUCCAGCAACAAAACAUUGAUAAUAACUUUUUUUACUGAUAACUUAAAUGUAUUAUCAAUGCUUUUACUCAGAUAUGUCUUUCAGGCCACGAUUCACUAACUAUGGCGUAAAAGAAAUGGGAGACAAGAUGUUUAGAAAUCGUAUCUCAUCCCUCCCUGGGCACAUGAAAUUCGUAACGCGAUGAUAGUGUGCAGAGGCGUGCCUCUAUUGUAUUGAAAAAGACAUUCGCCUUACGGCUUCGAUUAAUACAUAUUUUUUUUAGAGUUCCAAAGUUUAAAAUAAUUUAUAAUCUAAUGGUUUACACUUAUUUUUUAAAAACCCUUUUUCACAUAGUAGACUAACUAACCUUCUGAAUUCAUGUAUUUUUUUCUAUAUGACAUAAUAUAGCAUAAACUUAUUAUUUUGCAGCGUUAGAUUUGUGUAUUUGGUGAAAGCGAUAUAUCAUAUUACAAAAUUGUUUUUAUUAUAGUUGUAAUAAGUUUAUUUUUAAAAUUUGCUAAGACUCUUCGCACGGCACUGAUAGUGUGGUUAGCAACUAGGAUCGGAUCUCGUAAGACUAUCUCCAAUAGUUUAUUCAAUUUUUCAAUCUAAAAUAUAGUAGUUCUAUAAUAGAGUUUAAGUUUUCUCCAACGGUACUCUAUUUUAAAUUAGAAAAAAAAGUGAUAAAUAAAAAUAAAACAAAUUACUCUAUAUUUGGAGUAAACUUAUUUUUUACUCAAUUAUAGAGUGAGAAAUAAAGUACAAUUAAAGCAUUUUUACUCUAAACUCUAUUUUAUGAUAAAAAAUAAAGUGAGGUUGGAAAUACCCUAAUAUUAUUCAACUAUAUUCUAUUUUCAUCCGUUUGGAAAAAGAGAAAUUGCAUUCACUAUACACAACAAAAACCAAAGUUCAUUAACUAACUAAAAACACUUCAUCUCUCCUAUUUUCUCUUCCUAUCUCUCUCUACUCUCUCUAAAAAUCUAAUUUCCCUUAUUUUUUUGGUUAUUUAGCAAAUAAGCUCUUGAAAAGACGAAAUCACAUUUGUUGUAGAAAAGGUUAUUUUCUGAUCUGAAUAAAUGGAACAUUAAUUCAAAAAAUAAAAUAACUAUGCACUUAAAAAUAGUCAAAGUCGAGAUGCAAAUUUUUUUUUUGAAAAUUAUCGAGAUGCAAAUUAAUAUAAGGGAUUUUAUAAAAACCGGGGUUUGGAACUUGGAAAUAUGAUCGCUCUUUGUAGCUUUUAAUUUGGGUUUCCUCGGCUACGUGAAGUCCAACGACAUUCUACAACCACCGACUCAGCCACACACACGCGGUUCCAACAGAUACCACCCACAAAAUCCAAAUAUUUGCUGGGGGAAUAUACAUGUGUGACAACUGACAACAUCCUGACGAACUAUUGACUCUGCUUAUCGACCAGAAUCACUCCAGUUUGAUAAAAGUCAACCUUAUUUUAUUAUUUGUCUAUUAAAAAAUUAGAACAAGUAUAUGAAUUUGCAACUCUGCGUAUUGGAUAAACCGUAUUUAUUUAAUAUAUAUCCAUAAAUUAAUUUGUAAAUCCGUCCAACGGAUUUGGAAAAUUUGGCAUCAGUUUAGGAAUAUUUUUAUAACAAUAAUUAAAUGAGAUGACUUUUCAGCUUAUAAUAAACAAAAAUAAAAAAAUGUCAACUUCCAAAACCGUUAUAAAACGAAUACGAAAUGGCCAAAGUUAGAACAUCAUUACAACCGGAACAAGACAACCAAACCAUAUCGUAUUUCGUUCGGUUCUUGUUUCAUUGUCUUGUUUUAUUCGUUUUCAGUAAAACGUGUCCAAAAAGAAAAAAAAGGUCUAAGUUCACCGAUGGCUCUGCGUCUUCUUGGUCGAAUCGUUACUAAAGCCGUGAAGAAAGAGAACAGUCCAGAGAGUCCCAGGAGUCCGAAAACCCCACAAGGCUCUGUUCUCAUGGACAAGUACGACCUAGGAAAGCUUCUAGGCCAGGGAAGCUUUGCUAAAGUCUAUUUAGCCCGGAGCAUUAGUACUGGCGAGAACGUCGCCAUCAAAGUCAUCGACAAAGAGAAGAUCGUGAAAAGUGGAUUGGCAGGGCACAUUAAACGAGAAAUAUCCAUCCUCCGCCGCGUCCGCCACCCUUACAUUGUCCACCUCCUCGAGGUCAUGGCUACGAAGACCAAGAUUUACAUUGUGAUGGAGUAUGUACGAGGCGGAGACCUUUUAGGAAAGGUAUCUAAAGGCAGGCUUCGUCAAGGAGUCGCCCGGAGUUAUUUCCAGCAGCUGAUCUCAUCAGUUUCCUUCUGCCACGGCCGCGGAGUUUACCACCGUGAUCUCAAGCUCGAGAAUCUUCUUUUGGACGAUGAAGGGAACCUUAAGGUAUCUGACUUCGGUCUCAGCAUCGUCUCCGAGCAGCUCAGGCAAGACGGUAUCUGUCAGACGUUUUGCGGGACGCCUGCUUAUUUGGCGCCUGAGGUUUUGACGAUGAAAGGCUAUGAUGCUGCCAAGGCUGAUGUCUGGUCUUGUGGAGUGAUCUUGUUUGUGUUGAUGGCUGGUUAUCUUCCCUUUGAAGAUAAGAACAUUAUGGUUAUGUAUAAGAAGAUCCACAAAGGAAAGUUUAGGUGUCCUAAAUGGUUUUCGCCUGAGCUUACAAGGCUUUUGACUCGGAUCCUGGACACGAAUCCAGAUACCCGGAUCACGAUACCGGAGAUCAUGAAACAUAGAUGGUUCAAGAAAGGGUUUAAAAAUGUCAAGUUCUAUAUUGAAGACGAUAAGUUAUGUAGAGUGGAUGACAAUAGUGAAGACGAGUCAUCAUCAGUGUCAUCGGGCCGAUCAUCGACUGCUUCAGAGGGAGACGCAGAGUUUGAGAUUAAACGAGUUGGGUCAAUGCCGAGACCCGCAAGUCUAAACGCAUUUGACAUCAUUUCCUUUUCUUAUGGAUUCGAUCUUUCGAGUUUCUUUGAAGAAGGAGGACAAGGAGCGAGGUUUGUAUCUGCUGCUCCCGUGACAAAGAUUAUAUCGAAAUUGGAAGAUAUUGCGAUAUUGGCCAACUUUACAGUGAGGAAGAAGGACUGGAGCGUGAGGCUAGAAGGUAGUAGAGAAGGUGCUAAAGGACCGUUGAUUAUUAAGGUUGAGAUAUUUGAGCUGACAGCAUCUCUUGUGGUGGUUGAAGUGAAGAAGAAGGGAGGGUUUAUAGAAGAGUAUGAAGAGUUUUGCAACAAGGAGCUUAGACCACAGCUAGAGAAACUGAUGCAUUACCAAGCAAAUGAAGUUGAAGUAGCAAUGGUUUUGCGACCUGAAACUGAAGAGAGAUGAAGUUAAGAACUUGGAAGGUCGAGAGAGAAAGACACAACAAGAAAAGGUAUAAGUAUUAUUUGUUACUAUGCCAUUUAUUUUUAUUGUUUUGUGAUUAUUAUGUGUAUCUAAAUAUGAAAGCGAGAGUACUUGUAAUAAAUGUGAUAGGAAGAUCAGAGAAUAAAACAAGUAAGCAAAAAUAAAGAGUGAGAUCAUGAGGCAGUUUAGACGGUUUUUGCUGGCGAUUAUAAAGCUAGUUUUUCAUUGAUUGUUGUUGUACAAGUAUCUCUAGAAAGAGAAGAGCUUAAUGGAAAAUCUUUCUCGGCCUUUCCUUUCUUUUUUAGAAAUUUCAUUUUUAUGCUUCAUAAGAGAGACUAAAUGAUCAAACUGAACCAUUCAAAUGUUAUUGUGAUUACACUUAUAGUUAUUGCACAUAAGAAAUCUGAUGAAUCCUCCACAUUGAAUUUGUUUUUUUUCUAAACUUAUCAGAACCAAAGUUGGGCUCAAUUAUUCUACUCCCGGUCCAAAUAGAGAUUGCUUUAGGAAUAAAAUUAGUGGCUGUUGAUAACUUUCGCUCAGAUUCCAAAAUCAAAACUCAAUAGGAUCGUUAUGCAAAUAUAUGAUGGAGACAUACACAUGUUCUCUAAUAUCAAGAUUAUUGUUCAUGAAAGAAGAUCAUCCUCAUUUGGAAUAAUUGGAUCAGUCGAAAUUUGUUCAAAUCGAGGUGAGUGUUAAAAAGCAAAACUUCCAUGCUUGGUGGAAUAGGAAACUCAAUAGGAUGAAACUGUUAGCAGCUGAAAUUUAAUUUCUUGUGAUGUAAUACUAGUUAUCGUGUCGCAAAUGGUUGAAGCAGCUCAUGCAAGGACAUUUUAACACUAGCUAGAAGUGAUAUUGACAAGAUGUUAAUGAUUGUUUCGAGUAUAACAUUUUCACAUGUGUCCUAAUUGUCCACAUCUAUUACAAUUAGUGGAUAAGUACGCAUAUUUUACAACCACCACAGAAAUAAAUUACAAGGAUAUCAUUUUGACCAACAAUAAAAACACUUGCAUAAUUCUUCAUUAUAAUUUUUAUAGGCAUCCAAAAAAAUAUAAUAUCUUAAUGUGGUCUUCACAACGAUAAUGUAUUUGUACCAUGGGGAUAAAUUUCAUUAGUCUAUGUAUUUUCUUAUGAAUGUAUUCGUCGUGCUUGCAAUUUAGGCUCUUAUCAUAAGCUUUGCUGGAAAUAUUUCAAGGUAUAGGUUUAUUAAACUGAUUCCUAAAUUCUCAUUAAUAAUGAGAGUCAUAAAUUCUCAUCUAAAAGAUUGAAUAAUUUUAAUCGUAUUAUUGUAUCAACUAAUAAACUGAAUCAGUUUCUUUCUUUUUAUUAACCAGAACAAAGAAAACAUUAAAAAGCCAUAAUUAAAUAGUUUGAAGUGUUGGCUAAUAACCUAAACGGUUUGAAGACUGUUUUUUUUUUUUGGUAAAAUGUUUGAAGACUGUUUUGUUUACACAAAGGAUUUGAAAAUAUCGUUUAAAAUCAAUGGUUAAAUGCAUGGACCUUUAACAUAUUAAACUAUAUCAGAUUUUACUUAAAACUCUAAAACUUCAACUAAACAAACUAAACCGAAUGUUUUCAAAUAAAUUGGUUGUUAUUGGUGUUACUAUCAAACAUUUCACAACUGACAACUAAUUAGCAAUGGUCUGGUAGUUGAAAAAAAGUCAUCAUGGAAAUCUCCCACUUAUAAAACUGAAAAACAUCUUUCCCAUUAACGCUACGUACGUAAGAAAACAAUUAUGUUGCUUUUCUCUUUCCAAGUUAACGCACCGACAAAAACGUUGAUAAAUAACUUAGAAUUAGAAUUCUCCCAGAACUUAAAUGUAUAAGCAUAUAAAGUCUAUUAAUUCAUUUUUAACAUUUUUUGACCAAAAAAAAAAAAAAAAAAAAGCAUAUAAAGUCUAUAGCGUGCAUGUUGAAGUUAUUGGCAAAAACUUUGAAUGCACUUAACACCGACAAAAUAUGUGUGUUUUAUACUUAAGCAUGCGCAAGAAAAUAAAUUUAUUUUAUUUCAUCUCUUCGUUUUGUUUUCUUCAACUAUUGGCGUGUUAUAAUUUAUAAGUAUAUUGGCCUAUCACCACUAUUUUCUUAUGAUGAUAUAUUACAUUGUCCACAGUAAUUUCUGACCAAUGGAUGAUUUUCCUUCCAUCAUCAUCACGAUUUCAAACUAACGUUCUGGACGAUACCAAUGCACUUAAUGGAGUAGUCAACUCGAAAUGCAAAAUUAAUAUUACACAUUAUAUAGAAACUGAGUAAUAUAGCUAUUUGGUGUGGUCUUUGACUCUCUGUAGCUUUUAAUUUGGUUUCGUCGGCUACGUGAACCCCACGAGUCACAGUCUGCACGGACUCGACUCAGCCACACAUACGUACAGUGACGGAGGCAAGAAAUAAUUUUAUUGGGGCACAAAUACUAAAUGGGCUUAAUUAUACUAUUGUUAUAUGUAUUUUUAGAGGGUUUAAAUAAAUCUAUGGGGGCAAAAAAUAUUUUAGAGUAGGGGCAUAUAGAUUGAAAUUAAGUUAUUCACACUAAUUUUUAAAAUUUUGUUGGUUUCAGUGACCUCCACCUACAUACGUGGUUCCCGCAAAAAUUCCGCUUUUUUGCUGGGGGGUGAGGGAUAUAUACAUGUGUGAUAACAUCCUAACGAACCAUGCCUGCUUAUCGACCAGAAUCACUCAAGUUUGAUAAGUUACCCUUAUUAUCUGUUUCUUUAGAAAUCACGAUAAGUAUUGUAGGAAACAUGACUGCAACUUUUAGUAUAGGAUAAACAACAUUUAUAUAAUAUAUAACCCCAAACUAAUUUGUCGGCCCAGCCAACGUGUCCAUCUGGUGGCAACUAAAUGGAUUUGGAUAAAAUUUCAACAUCAAUUUAGCAAUCUUUUCAAACUAUAAAAGUGAGAUGACUUUUCAGCUUAUAAUUAAAAAAAAUGGUGAAAAUAAAAUAAUGUCAACUUCCAAAACCAUUAUAAAACGAAUACGAACUGGCCAAGUUAAGACAUCACUACAACCGGAA